AUGUCCCGUGCCGGAUUAGUAUCGCCAUAUCCUCGUUCGUACAUGAUCAAGCAGCUCAGAGCAAUCCAAAUGCCACAAACCGAGAGAAUUGCUCUGAGGGAGUCGCUGCCAUCGGACGGCGGCGAGCCAGGGACUCAAGAUGUCGAUGGCGACGACACAACAAAUUUGGAUCAUGGCAGUUCGAGGCAGCGGGUGUCAAGGAGGCAGAAAAUCUCAGUCCUUGUGGGCUCCUCGAUCCUGCAGCUGCCAAUAUGGGGAUUUGCCAUGAAUUAUGGCGUCUUCCAGGAGUACUAUUCGAGCAACUGGAUGUUCACGGGCAGUCGUGACACCACUGGUAUCAUCGGCACCACCUCCAACGGCGUCAUGUACCUCUCGAUGCCUUUCCUCUUCGCGCUCUUCACACGGCGAUGGGCCCGGCGACGCCAGGUGGCGGCUCUUUGCGGUGCUGUCCUCACCUGCGUCUCCUUCCUCUUGUCCUCCUUCAGCACCGAUGUGUGGCAUUUGGUUGCCACGCAAGGAGUGACCGCCGCCCUGGGAUGUGCUCUCAUCUACAGCCCGACCACCCUGUCCCUCGGGGAGUGGUUCAACACGGGGAACCGGGCCGUCGCGUACGCGGUGGUCUUGUCGUCCAAGAACAUUGUGGGAUCGGCCUGUCCAUUCCUGCUGCGAGCCCUGCUCGACCGGUACGGGUUUCGCACGACGCUGAGGAUAUGGACGGGCGUUGCAGCAGGCACCGGCGUCGUCGCCAUCUACAUGAUUCCGACGCCACCAUCGACCACCGCCUCGAGCCCCCACCGGUCACGCAAGAUCCCGUGGCACUUUCUCAAGCACCAGACCUUCUACAUCUACAGCAUCGCCACCAUCCUGCAGAGCUCCGGCUACGGCAUCCCGCAGACGUACCUGAGCACGUAUGCGCACGAAGUCACCCUGCUCUCGCAGACGUCGGCGACGCUACUGCUGACGUUGUUCAAUCUGCCGGGGAUCGUCUCGUCGCCGUUCUUCGGCUACCUCAGCGACAACCCGUGCUUCCCGCUGUCGGCCACGACCGUGACGGCCAUCUCGGCCGUCAGCUCGGCUCUGUCGACCUUCCUGUUCUGGGGUUUGACGUCGCAGGGCACUAUGGCGCUGCUGGUCCUGUUCUCCAUGACCUUUGGCUUCUUCGCUGGCGCGUACAGCGCCACCUGGGGCGGCGUCAUCAACGAGCUGGAGCGCGAGGCCGCCCUGCGUAACGAGGCCGUCGACUCGGGCAUGCUGUACGGCCUGCUCAACGGCGCCCGCGGCAUCGGCUACGUCAGCGGCGGUCUGGCCGGCGUGUCGCUCCUCAAGGCCGGCACCAAGAUCGCCGCGCCAUCGGUCCACGGCCCCGGCUUCGAGACCGCGUAUGGACCGCUGAUUAUCUUUACGGGUCUCUCGGUGGUGUUUGGCGGCUGGGGCAUCUUGUGGAAGAUGCCGAAGAUGUUGCAUUAUUUAAUAUAA